GCUGUGGGCGGUGGUGGCGGCUCUGCUGCUCCUGCUGCUCUGGCGGCGGCGGCGGGCGGGCGGCGCGGGCCGGGUGUGCGUGGCCGUGCUGGGGGACGUGGGCCGCAGCCCGCGCAUGCAGUACCACGCCUUGGCGCUGGCCCGGCACGGGCGCGAGGUCGCUCUGCUGGGGUACCUCCAGAGCCGGCCGCACCGGGACGUGCUGCGCUCCGAGAACAUCCGGCUGGUGCCCGUGGCGGAGCUGAGCGGGCUGCGAGUGGGACCAAAGCUUUUGCAGUAUGUCCUAAAGGUGCUCGUGCAGUCAGUGCAGUUACUGUACACAUUGCUGAGGAUAGAUCAGCCAUCCUAUAUUCUCCUUCAGAAUCCCCCAGGCUUACCCAGUAUAGCUGUUGCCUGGGUGGCAGGGCUGUGGUGGGGGAGCAAACUCAUCAUUGAUUGGCACAACUAUGGGUACAGCAUCAUGAGCCUGAGUCACGGGAGGAGCCACCCACUGGUCCUGGUUGCAAAAUGGUAUGAAAAGCUUUUUGGGCGCUUGUCUGACUAUAACCUGUGUGUCACUGAUGCCAUGAAGAAAGAUCUCUGGGUGAAUUUCAAGAUAAAGGCUGUAACGUUGUAUGACAGACCAGCAUCUUAUUUUAAAGAAACACCAUUAGACCUCCAACACAACUUGUUCAUGAAACUUGCCAAGGACUACGAGCCCUUCAGACCACGGUGUGUGCAAGUGCAGCUGCCCCUGCAUUGUAGGAGCAUUGGGGGCAGGACAGUCGGGAUGGAGACAGAGAUCUCUGCAGCCAGAGCUGGGAGUCCCGGUGCCGACAGCUCGGCCUUCACCCAGAGGGAUGGCAGCAGCGGGACUGUGCUCAAGGCCAGGGGCCGGCCUGCCCUUCUCAUCAGCAGCACCAGCUGGACAGAGGAUGAAGACUUCUCAGUCCUUUUAAGAGCUUUAGAAGAUUAUGAGAGGUUUAUCGAGGAGGGAGCUGAGCUUCCAGCUUUGGUGUGUGUGAUAACAGGUAAAGGACCUCUAAAAGAUUAUUACAAUGGACUGAUCCAAAAGCUGCACUUGAAGCAUAUCCAGAUCUGUACGCCAUGGCUGGAGGCUGAGGAUUACCCUCUUCUGCUUGGCUCAGCAGACCUGGGGGUGUGUCUCCAUAAAUCCUCCAGUGGUUUGGAUUUGCCCAUGAAGGUGGUGGAUAUGUUUGGCUGCUGUUUACCUGUGUGUGCAAUACAUUUUGAAUGUUUACAUGAACUGGUGAAGCACAAUGAGAAUGGGCUGAUAUUCAGGGACUCACAGGAACUUGCAAAGCAGCUGAAGAUGCUUUUCUUGGAUUUCCCAAGCCUGGAAGGGAAACUUCACAGCUUCCGAGAGAACCUGCGAGAGUCCCGGCAGCCGCGCUGGGACCAGAGCUGGGACCAGACUGUCCUUCCCUUGCUGGGCAACGGGGAGUGACUGGGGAAGGAGGUGUCAGACACAUUCCUGCAGCUGCAGGGAUUUGGGAAACGGUGAAUAAAGAUUUUGUA